AUGUCUUACCCAGCGCCAGGACUCCCAGGAGCCGCCGGAAACAACAACAACAGCUCGCAACAGGCUUACGGCUACGGCUUCGAACAGUCGGACCAAGCCCAGCAGACGCAGAAGCGUAAGAGUACCACGGGCCGCACGUUGACGCGCUGGAAUCGUAAGUAGUUCCGCGAAGCUCAGCGCACCGCAUGAGUGCCCACUCGUACUACCCCUAUUCCUUUUCUUGGACAGAGUAACUAACUCUUCCUUAGCGGCCAUGGAUCAGCUCAUCUUGCUCUCCGUCAUGUACAUCGUCAACCGCGACGGCAUCGAUCUCGACUGGUCGGACGUCGCCAAAGUUGCCAACGAGGCGCAAGACCCAGCGGGCAACGUCAGUGGAGAGUCCAUCAAGCAGCACCUCAUCAAGCUGCAGGAGACUCGUAGAGAGGCCGGACAGCCUGCCCCGGAGAAGCUCAGCCGCAGCGAGUACGGCAACAAGCGCAAGAACAAGCAGCAGCUUGCGUCUACCCCUGUCAACAUCAACAAGAAGCCAGGCACUCGUGUUCUCCCGCCACCAGCCAUGUCUCGCAACACCAGCAAGGCCGCAGCUGCCAAAGGCGAAGACGACAGUGAAGAAGAGUACGUCCCGGAGGCUCCCCGCAAGAUGAGGAAGCCCAAUAUGCCAAAGACAAACAGCCUGCUCUACAUCUCGGAGAAGGAGAAGAAGAAGGCUGCCGCGCCGACCAAGGCCGCCCCCAAGGCCGCGACCCAGAAGCAGAAGAUUCAGGAGUACGGCGCUGACCUCGACGACGAUGAGAACGACGGAGACUUCAAGUAUGACCCAGAAGACAUCGAGGACGCCGAUGCCGAUGCCGACAAGAUGCCGGCCCCAAAGAAGAGCAAGAAGCCUGCCCGUGGCGCUGACGCGAAGAAGGCAAAGGGCAAGGGAGGUCGCACGGGUCGCAAGGACCUUCCACUCAACGCCGACUGCGAGCAGACCUACUUCUCGCCGCCUGGCUCCUUCAUCCCGCCGCCCGCCUCUGCUGCGCCGCAGCAGCAGAGCUACAUGGCGCCGCCUGCCGGGCCAUUCACCUUCACCGCGCCGGUCGUCCCUCCACCUGAGCAGACCGAGACCUUCCAGCCAGAAGACGAGCAGCCGGGCUACCACAUGUCCCUGCGCGAGCAGGCCCCAGUCGACUACGGCGAGAUGAACCAGAGCGCCCUCUUCGACUUCGACGCCGCUGCCUCGCUGAGCCCAGGCGAGCAAGGCGGCCUCACCCAGGACCAGGGCGAGGCCGCCUUCGUCCAGUAUCCGUUCGGUCCCCAGCAGAUCGUCCCAGGAAAUUUCAACAACAUGGCCUUCAAUGGCAUGGGCGGCGGCUUUCCUGGCGGGAUGAUGGACGCGGCCGCGUUCCCAAUGGCGGGUGGAGACGCCCUCCUCGGCGUCCCUCGCGCCAUGGCGAUGCCGCAGGGCGGCGGGGUGAGCUACGGCCUCCCACCAGAUCCCAUCCAAUACCAGGACGCUGGUAUGCAGCAGGACGGCUUCGGUGGCCCAGACGUGGGCAUGGACAUGGGGAUGGGAGACUUCCGCUGGGAGGAUUUCGUGGCCGUCGAGGGAGACUACACCACCGGCGGUGGUGACGGCUCUGUAUUCAAGUAG